AUGUUACCAACAUCAAAUAAUAAUAACCCACAAGAAAUUGAAACCGCUGAAAAUACACCUUUAUUAUUAUCCUCUUCAACCAACGACAAUGUCAUAAAUAAUAACGAUGUGUUGGAAGAUAUUGCAUUAUUACAACAAGAGGAUGAUCAGCAAAAUAAGAUUUUGGACUUUCAUGAGAGUGUCUUUGUAACAAAGAAAGCUAUCCCUGUAUCAUUAACUUAUAUACUACAGUACUCUUUACAAGGAUCAAUUGAAUUAGCUGCUUCUGCUUUAGGAUCAAUGUAUGCAACAGUAACAGGAUGGUCAGUUUUAUUUGGUGCAGCUACUGCUCUAGAUACACUUGCUUCUCAAGCUUACACAUCUGGAAAUCCUAAAAUGGUAGGUGUGUUUUUACAACGCGGAUUAGCAAUCAUACUAUUGGGUUUUAUCCCAAUUGCUGUGUCCUGGUGGGAGGCAGAACGAAUACUGGUCUUUUUGGGCCAAGAUCAUGAAAUUGCUCGACUGUCUGCCUUAUUCACAAGAUAUUUAUUGAUUGGUGCUCCUGCUUUAUUGUCUUUCGAAGCUUUAAAAAAAUAUUUACAAGCUCAAGGAAUUAUGAAGGCCAGCACAUAUGUUUUAAUAAUAUGUUCUCCAAUAAAUAUAAUAUUGAACUAUGCUUUAGUUUGGUAUCCACCUGUAUCACUUGGAUUUAUUGGUGCUCCUUUUGCAACCUCAAUAACCUAUUGGCUGAUGCUAAUUCUGAUAAUAAUCUACAUCAAAUAUUUUAAUGGUUAUCAAGUAUGGGGUGGUUGGACUUACAUGGCUUUUCAUGAUUGGUUACCUUUUCUUAAAUUGGCUUUGCCUGGUGUCAUAAUGGUUUGUGCUGAAUGGUGGGCAUUUGAAUUAGCAGCUCUUGCUGCAGGUUAUCUUGGUAGUAUUGCUUUGGCAGCUCAAAGUAUAGUUUUAACAACUGCCUGUCUAUUUUAUCAAAUUCCAUUUGGUAUUGCUGUUUCUAGUUCAAAUCGUGUUGGUAACUUAUUAGGUGCUGGUUUAGGUAGUAGAGCAAGACUUGCAUCAAAUGUCUCUUUAGUAUUGGCUGUUCUUGUUUCUAUGUUUAAUUCUAUUAUCUUGUUACUUCUAAAAGAUUCAUGGGGAUAUCUAUUUACAGAAGAUAAAGAAGUUAUAGAUUUAGUUAGUUCAAUAUUACCAUUAUGUGCCUGUUUCCAAAUUUCAGAUGCAAUUUCUGCUGUUGGUGGUGGAAUUCUUCGUGGCCAAGGCCGUCAAAAAAUAGGUGCCUAUCUAAAUUUGCCUGUUUACUACUUGAUAGCAUUUCCAGUUGGCACAUUAUUAGCUUUUAAAUAUCAUUGGGGUCUCAAAGGUCUUUGGUUUGGAUUGGCAAUUGCAUCAUUGUCUGUAGGUGUUGGUAUUAUUAUUGCUAUUUUGUGUACUGAUUGGCAAUAUGAAGUUGAAAAAGUUAAACUUAGAAUUCCAUUGUAG